UAUUCAUUAAGAAAGAAAAUGCAGACAAGUUCUUGGAAAGAACAAGACGUGCUAACUCUUUUUUGGAGGAAAUGAAGCAAGGGAAUAUUGAAAGAGAAUGCAAUGAGGAGCGCUGCUCGAAAGAGGAAGCAAGAGAAGCCUUUGAAGACCAGGAGAAAACUGAGGAAUUCUGGAACAUCUACGUAGAUGGGAACCAGUGCAGCUCAAAUCCUUGUCAAUAUGGUGGACAUUGUAAAGAUGGAAUUGGUUCCUACACUUGCUCGUGCUUGGAUGGUUACCAAGGCAAGAACUGUGAAUUUGUUAUACCGAAGUACUGCAAAAUAAACAAUGGUGACUGUGAGCACUUCUGCAGCAUCAAAAAAAGUGUACAGAAGGAUGUCUUGUGUUCCUGUGCAAAAGGGUAUGUUCUAGCAGAGGAUGGCAAACACUGUGUUUCAUCAGUAAAGUACCCUUGUGGAAAAGUUUUUGUGAGAAGAAAAAGAAGGUCGGUUAUUUUACCCACUGCUAUUAGCAAUGUAACUAGUGAUGAAGAUGGCCCUGACACAAAUGGAACAAGUUUGGAGGAGGACAUCACUGUACUUACCACAGAAAGCCCAACCCCCAGUCCUGGCAAUGACACGAGCAGCAAGAAUCCAAAUGUCCAUACCAGGAUAGUAGGUGGUGAUGAGUGUCUUCUUGGUGAAUGUCCGUGGCAGGUAAACCUGAUGUUUGUGCUUUGCAU